AUGGACAUAAAAGAGCAAAGAAGACCGGGUGAAGCGGGGACCGCCAAUAGUGGCAGCAAGACGACGAGGGGUGAGAGCCUUAGGGAAGCCCAGCGUCCGACUAGAUCCCUUGUGACACCCAAACAAACAUUCACCAUCGGGCACUGGAAUGUGAGAACAUUGUAUAGAGGAGGAGCUUCAGCACAGAAUGCGAGAAAAAAGGAAGGACACCAACUGGAAAUUUUGGGAAUCAGUGAGUGCAGAUGGGCAGGAGCUGGGAAGAUGAGACUGGCCUCGGGCCAGACCGUCAUAUGCAGCAGGGAUGAAGAACUGCAUGAGGGAGGAGUUGCCAUAAUGAUCAGCCAGCAAGCAAUGAAGUCACUCAUGGAAUGGACACCUGUCAGUAAGAGAAUCAUGACAGCACGAUUCUAUUCAAGAUACAGAAGAGUGUCAGUGAUCCGAGCAUAUGCGCCACAUAAUGAAGAGGAAGGGGAGGAAAAAAGACCAAUUCUAUCAGGAGUUACAAGAGACCUUGGAUGGAUGUAA